AUGACUGAAGUAAUUGGUUCUGCUCACUUCCAUGCAAACCUUUCCUUGAACAUGAGCAGCGUGAGGGGGUAUCACACGUUCCUUGCCUUCUGCCUUAUUCUACUCAACUUUGGCAGCCUGCAAUGCCUUGUUUUAAGACAAGGGGAUGAAAGGUAUGAAAGGCAACUGCAACUGGCAUCACCAGCAGGGAACAGUUUAGCAGACACUAAUGCAUCAAAUCCGGAGGGUAACUUAAGCUCAUCCAUGAAUAUAGCCAGCACUUCUGCAUCUGAAAACCUUUAUGGAGCCCCAGUAGAUCCAUCCAGGAGGUCAUUAAACAGAGCCACAACUGUAAAAACAACCUUACCAACUAUUCUGCAUGUUCACAAUCCCUUGGAGCACUUGGAUACGGAUGCUUUUGCAAGCACAGAUCUGAAGAUUGCUGCAGAAAGCGAAAGGCAAAUCCGUCUCAAUGGACCCAAUGAAAAACUGGAUAAAUAUGGGACACAGGAAGCUUUAAUUGCCGCUGUUGUGACAAUUCCAGAUCUUCUUGUGGACAAUGAUACACUUAGCUCUGCAAGAGAAACAGUGGAGGGAGGUGGGGGAGAAAGAAAACUUGAUGGAGAUCAGUUUACAACGGGCAGUCUGGAGGAAGGUGCCCAUGUUGACCCUUCAGACAAUCCCCAGGUAACUAUCCCCAAAGUAAUAAUUAGUUUUCCUGCUACAACGUCAUCCAGCAACUUCUUCAAGAAUCCAUUUCUUCCAACCAGCCCACCAGUUGAUUUGACAAAAGGAUCUGAUGGAAACAGCUUCCCAACAAUCUGGAUGGGCACAGAGCCAGGGUUGUUGCCUACAGAUGCCUCUUUAAAUUUGGAAGUGGAAAACUCAGAGAACCAAGGGCCCUUGAAAGGCAUCUUAAGCACCACCACCAUGGCCACUGCGGGCUUGCUGCUAAGUGAUGAGUGGGAUGAUACCAAAUUAGAGCCUUCCAGCCAGGCAAAAGCUAUGCAUCCUCUGAAGAUAAACCAGCCUCAGAUAGCGCAACCAACAGGACAGGAGGACGAUGAUGAUGAUGAUGUAAAAAAGGACCCGUCACCAAGAUUAAGGGUAACCACGACAAAAGGGAGCAAAGAUAAUCAGAAUGGGUCAGGCCAGAUACCCAUGCAGGUAGAGGAAUCAGCCAGUACAAGCUUGAAUCUUGAUCACACCAUUGAUCCAUCUGAGAAGGUUGGAGCCCAAUCUGAAAGUCCAGGGGAAAACGUAGAUCCAACAGUGCUCACCAGGUCUAGAUUGUUUCCUGAGACUAUAACGACAACCGAUGCAACCAAAUCAGACGUCUUCCAAACCUUAAGACACCAGUUAAGAGGAACAUCCACAGCCUUCCCUGGUACUGCUACUGCACCACCACCUGGCCUACCUACCCAGAAGAUUACAGAAUCACAAAAUGUGUUGGAGAGAGAAAUAGAGUUGGCAACUCAGAUAACAACAGUUUCCAGCACUGCCCAACUCUUGGGGAUAUUAGAAACGGUUGCUCCUACAGGGUCUCCUCCUUCUACCCAGCUCCCAGUGAAAAUGUUGGAAGUUAAAGAACCUGUCACCCUCCUAGAGAAUAAAGAGGUCAUUUCUGUUACCUAUAUUCCUGCAUCGCUGGAUGAUCUGAGGGUGCCAACCGAAAUGACUCUGCCUUCUUUGGCAUCUUCUACAAGGCAAACCACAGUUCUAGCUGCCCACCGAAUUACCACAGCUUCAACUUAUGGAUUGGAAAGGCUGGAAUCAGAAGAGGAAGAGGAGGAGGAAGAGGAAGAGGAGGAGGAAGAGGAAGAAGAGGAAGAGGAGGAUAUGGAUGAGGAUGAAGAAGAGAAUGAUGACGACAGAGAACCCAGUUUAAUAGAUGAAAGCUUAGAUGAUGCUGACCUCUCCAGUUUUACUCUUCCUGGGGAAACCUCACAGGAACCCUUGGAAGGUCUGGAAAACCCUGCAGGAGGCCUCUCCGGAAUAUCCUAUCAUGUACCAAAUGCAAUUGAAUGGGAACAGCAGAACCAAGGGCUCGUGAGAAGCUGGAUGGAAAAACUGAAAGACAAGGCAGGAUACAUGUCUGGGAUGCUGGUCCCAGUGGGUGUAGGCAUUGCUGGAGCCCUUUUCAUCCUGGGAGCACUUUAUAGUAUCAAGAUCAUGAACCGCCGUCGCAGAAAUGGCUUUAAAAGACAUAAGCGAAAGCAGAGAGAAUUCAACAGCAUGCAAGACCGGGUGAUGCUUUUAGCAGACAGCUCUGAAGAUGAAUUUUGAAUCCGGCUGCAAAGCUACAUCAUGUUCUCCAGUGACUUACUUUGUUUGCAAAGGGAGGUUUGCAAGUUUUAAAAAAGGUCUUUCUGCUGCAUCCCAGCGGCCUGCCCCUGUUGUGCGUUCACAUGGCUGUGUUGCUUUACACAACCGGUCCCCAAAAGGAGAAACACACAUGGCCAAACACAUCCCACUCACUGCAUGUUGCAGCCUUU